AUGGCCAUGUCAGCCAGCUACCUCGGCACCUUUCUCCACCACAUCAUCCUUCGGGCCAAUAUCUACUACCUCUUGCUUUACUACGAAGGCGUCCUGGGCUACAGCCCCGUCAUCGCCGGGGUAACCACCUUCCCCGAAUCCUUCACUGAGACCUUGGCAUAUGACAGAUGUUAUAUGGUAAACGGCUCGCUAAGUCUCGGCAAUUGCUCACCGGACCGCAGGUCCCUGGCCUGA